AUGCUCUCUACUGCUUUCUUAACGGUACUGAUGUCAGCCUUCGCUGUUCGACAAGUUGUCGCUCAAGCAGGUGUGACAUAUGUUACCAGUCGUGAUGGAAAUACGGAAUACCCUUGUUCGGACAUUGAAGAACCUGAAACUUAUUACCAAGACAAGUGCGGAGCAACCACUAAAUCCGGCAUCGCAUUGACCAAAGUCGAAGUCAGAAAUGGUAUAGGUUCGACCAGAGAUGAUUGGACAAUCUACCAAUUCUGCUACUAUGGUACUGGCUCCGACGACUACUGUUCGUAUACAGCCAGCGCGAACUAUCCCGUAAGUUGA